AUGGGUAGCGUUGAGGUAUUGACGCCAGGACCAGUCGGCCAGCCAGACAUCGGCUAUGCUCCUGACCUGGACAAAUACUUGGCGAGAGUGCAAAGAAGGCAACAAGCUGAGAAGCUUCAGAACAGCUUACCAGAUGGAUUCCCGCGAGAGCUGAAGUCGGAUCUGGUUUGGGAUGGUAGCUUUAUUGCUGAGAAGUACAAUUGGACGUAUAAGCUCAACGAAGCAGAAGUGCAGGAGAUUAAGGAUGCUUGGAGGCACUUCAAAUCCUUGGGCAAGCCACUGGGCUUCAUUGACCAAGAAACGUUUCCACUACCAAAGCUUCACACAGCCCUGCGAGAGAUCUCAGUUGAGCUACACAAUCGCAGAGGCUUCAAGGUCUUACGAGCCUUGCCCGUGGCAAAGCACUCCACUGAAGACAAUGUGAUCAUCUACGCCGGUGUCUCCGCUCAUGUUGCUCCAGUCCGCGGCCGGCAGGACCACCAGAUCGAAGGCAAGCCAGCAGAUGUCGUUCUGAACCACAUCAAAGACAUGUCCCAGAUCGUGGAUGCCAGCAAGAUCGGUGCUCCAGCGUAUACCACGGAGAAGCAAGUCUUCCAUACUGGUGUGGGUGAUGUUAUUGCUCUUCACUGCCCUUCGGAGGCAGCCGCGGGAGGAGAGUUGAAGCUCUCUUCAUCGUGGACUGUGUACAACGAGCUUGCGAGGACGAGACCGGAUCUGAUUCGAACUCUGGCAGAGCCUUGGGCUUCUGAGAACUUCAGCGGCACAGGCCAGAAAUUCACACUUCGUCCUCUCCUACAUUACCCCCCAGAAACAGCAUCUGACCCGGAGCGCAUGAUCAUCCAGUAUGCACGAAGGACUUUCACAGGCUACUGGGGCCUCCCAAGACCCUCCGACACCCCAGCAAUCACCGAAGCACAAGCUGAAGCGCUUGAUGCACUGCACUUCCUGGCUGAGAAACAUGCCGUCACUCUCGACUUUAAGCAAGGCGAUGUCCAAUAUGUCAACAAUUUGAGCAUCUUCCAUGCUCGAUUGGCUUUCACGGAUACGCCGGAGAAGCAACGACAUUUGAUCCGCCUGUGGCUUCGAGAUCCGGAACAUGCUUGGAAGACGCCGGAAGCGCUCAAGUCGAGAUGGGAUGGCGUAUAUGCCAAUGUGAAGCCUGAGAAUAGCGUUUGUCCUCUGCAGCCUCGCAUUCGAAGUUCCAGUGCCGGAACUACUGCGACGACCAAGUAG